AUGGAGCGCCUAUUCCCAUCUUUCAUGCGUGUCUUGCGUGAUCUAGAUGACGCUGAUGUACUACUCACCACCUUUCAAGAAUUCGAAAGCAAUCCAUCUGCCACUAGUGCAGAGGAUCGCAUUCGGUUUCUCGACUUCCCCGCUGCAACAACUCUUAGCAAGCAAGAGCUCUUGAAAAAGGCAGCUCAAUCACCUCAAGAGCUUACUUUCUCCGAGGUUGAAUUACUCUAUAACCGCUAUUGGGGACGAAUCAGCUUCCGGGAAGAAAGUAUCCGUUCCGAUUGUUUCGACAAUCUAAAACUCGAGUGUCUUGAGAGCUUCCGCACUUCUUUCCACGCGGAAUACGAAGCAGAUGCAUUAAAAAAUGCAGAGGCGGAGUCUUCCCGACGGUACGAUGAAAUGAGAGAAGCUCAGGACAAAGCAGAUUUAGCGCAUAUAUUCGAGCACGGCUACCCCUGGCUCCACCAGCUAUGGCAAGAAGAUGAGGGCAAAAGGCCCUGGGGCUAUGCAAUCUUCGAAAGCCCUCAGUGGAUACUCGAGGAUCCGGAACGCCAGGAGACCUAUGACCUAAAGCAAACUAACUUGUUCUAUUGGGCACAUGUCGCUAUUGGUUCUGGAAUACAGAUCGGAUCCCAGUGGUACCUUGAGUCCCUUGAUUUACCUUCUGGAACCGGUAGGGAUAAGUCUUUCAUGGCGAUAUUGCAUCAACUUCGUAAGCAAUUCAACCGUCUCCGAUCUCUGCCGCCUAAGAAACAAGCGCCGUAUAUUUUCAUGGAUAUGGCUGAAGGCAAGAUCGACGCCAUCCCGGAGGGAAUCACAGAAGGUAUUCUCCGGAACGUCUUUUUAUAUCUUGAUCAUGAUGCCGCAGCUUCAGUCUUAGAUCUUCGCGGACCAGAUGAUACAUGGAUCUGGGCUGUCGACCCAGACUACGAUCUAGAAUGCCGGGGCUCUGGCUCGAGUGGGUACCAAGGCUUUCUACGCGUUCGUCUUCAACAACUUCUUCAUCACUUUUACGUCGCCCGGCGCUGGCACUCGGACGAGUGGUCGAUGGAGGACAUCUGGAAGGCGGCCCAGAAGGACCCGCAUAACGGCUCUUUUGUUUCCAUGAAGGAUGAAGAAAUAUAUGCUCGAGACUCGAGUCGGGAGGUUGCUGCCGCCAUCAAAAGGUCCGGGUAG